UCGUAGCAAAAUCAUCGCAGCAGCCAGUGCAGAAAACAGCUGCCGCCUGUUUAGUGAUAACGGGCCGUUGAAAAAUUGUAAAAUUUUGUUUAAGUGUAUUAACAUUGAGGGGUUUAUUGGUGUAAACAGUAAUUUUUCAUGGAACUUGCUUAACUUUACAUUGAAACGGAUUCCAUCGUAGUGCUUGGCAAGUCGUCGCUCCAUCGAGUGGUGGUACAUGGAGGAAAAGGGGGGGGCAUGUAAGUGUCCUUGAUUUUCCUGAGCUCGCAAAAAGUGUACUUCAAGCCAGUUUGUGAGUGUAUCCGGGGGGCGGACGGAAGACCUCUGCUGCGAGGAAUUCGAAAUCAAGCUGUGAUCCCGCGACCGACUCGCUCUACAGGGGGAAGCUUGUUGACAAAAGCAGGAAUUCAAAUCAUCGGUUCCACAUAUCGCAGUUUGGUAGCAGCAAAUCUCGCAGUCCAUUAAGGAUCGUGCAAGGAGUAGUAGUCGCAGCAGGAGCAAACAAUCUCACAAUCAGGCGAAGGUGAAGUUCCGAUCAGACCGGAUGGGCGCGCUCUCUCUCUCGCUCACUAUUGGGAAUGCUGCAGUAUGCGUGUAGUAAAAACGAGGUGUACAUAAUCCGGUUGCCGUGUGUCUGUGCAUGCCACCGCUGUGCCGUGGUAUCGUGAAAACAGAUUUUCAUUCCCAAACCUGAGCGGCUGCCUGCUUCGUUGUGCGGUGCGCGGGAGAAUUCGAUUGAAAAAUGUGAGGAAAAUGCUGCCACAAGUUUCCUGCCCUCAGCGUAUCAGUGUGACUGUUAAUUGCUCGUGAGAAAAUCUGCAAAACGCAAAGCAUCGAUUUGAUCCGUAUGUUUUGUGCAUAGUAGCAGAGCAGGCCACUGCUCUUUCCAGUUUUUCAUUAGCAACCAUAAGGUGACACACAGCGACUGGCGAAACGUGCUAACCAGCAACCAUAGCGAGCUACUAGAUCUUCCACGUGUGUGUGCUGGAUUGAGGCUGAUAAAAUGUUUCCCGAGAUAAAUCCUCCCCGGAAAAUGUCCUUCCAAGCAGAUCCGGUCGAUUUCAAAGAAAAGCUCAUAGCGACGGUGAAAAAGGAGGUGAAGCAGGUGAUGGAAGAAGCCGUCACUAAGAAGUACAUUCACGAAGAGUCCUGCUCGGUGACGGCCCUGUGUGCGGCUGUCGAGGCCUGUCUGAGCCAGGGUUUGCGGCGGCGGGCACUCGGCCUGUUUAAGACAUCGUCCACCACCGCCCUGCUGCACAAGGUGGCCAAGCACUGUCCCGAGGCAGCCUGUAUCAGCAAGAAGGUGCAGGAUAUUGAAAACAGCGAUCCCAACAAACGAUCCUCUUCCAGCAGCGACAGUACGAACAAGCCGCCGAUACUCAAGAAGGGUAGCAGCAAUUCCGUGUCGACCACCACACCGCCACAAUCGCCGCCCGUCGUCAAAUACCUGUGGAUACGGUUGGCUUUGUACGAGAAGAAACUGUCCCGCAUCAUCGAUCAUUUGGUGACGAACGCGACGCGCUAUUACGAACGGGACUCGCUGGUUGCUGAUCCGGACUACGGCUCGAUCCUGAGCUCACUGCUCGUUGGACCUUGCGCCCUGGAUUACUCGCGUGCCAAAACUGCCGAUCACUUCUGGACGGAUCCUCCAGCAGACGAACUGGUACAACGUCAUCGCAUUAGCUCCAGUAACCCAACGCCACCGGCCUACAGGAGACCGAUGUUGAACUUUAAGCGCAGUCUGCACACCAGCUCGGAGGAGGGCAGCAUGGCGUCGUUCAAGUCGAACAGCUUGGCAUCUGCCUCGAAGGACUACGUCGAAUCGUUGCACCAAAACUCCCGGGCAACAUUACUGUAUGGCAAAAACAAUGUCCUCGUGCUUCCGAAGGACGUCAGCGAGCCGAUGCCGGGAUAUUUGAGCCUGCACCAGACGGUCCAAUCGCUCACGAUCAAGUGGACACCGAACCAGCUGAUGAAUGGGUACGCCGAGUCGGAGUGCAUCGACAAGAGUUCGUACUGGGCGUACGCACUGAACGUCAACGUGGACGAGAUCGUGUACGUCCAUUGUCAUCAGGCACGGGGCGGUGAUACCGGUGGGACGGUCAUUCUCGUGGGCCAGGAUGGUGUCCAGCGGCCUCCGAUUCACUUCCCCGAAGGUGGCCACAUGGCUGCAUUUUUGAGCUGCCUCGAAACAGGUUUACUGCCACACGGCCAACUGGAUCCACCACUAUGGUCACAGCGUGGAAUCGGACGUAUCUUCCCAUGGCCCCAGAAAUCACGACGUCGUCCGCUACCCUCAGUACUCGAGGGCAACGAUGAACUGCCGAUUGACUACGUGUUCCGGGUGGUGAAUAAGGGCAAUACGGAUGAGUUCUUGGCUACACAUUCGAUUCUGGAGCUUGGCCGUACAAGCCCCCGUUAUCGGGCACAGCUGAGCAGCUGCUCUACCAACGAGAGUAGCGAUUGUUCCAGCAAAAGCCUCUCGAUCGACGCCAUGUCCAUUGACAGCCCAAAUCCCCAAUCGAAUCAAUCGACGAGCAUCGCUCUGGUGUGCUCCACGAUGAAGCGACAGAUCAUUUCGCGUGCGUUUUACGGUUGGCUAGCGUACUGUCGCCAUCUGUCCACGGUACGCACCCACCUGUCGGGGCUUGUCAAUGGACGGAUUACACCGGAAUCGGGUGCCGAGGAGGGUUUAACAAGGGCACGUUGGGAAAGUUUGCACGACGAGGCGGGUGUCGUCGGUGACGACCAAGAGGUGUAUCGGUUGGUCUACUAUGGUGGCGUCGAUCAUGACAUCCGGAAGGACGUGUGGCCGUAUCUGCUGGGCCAUUAUAGCUUCGGUAGCACACCGGAGGAGCGAGCGGAACUGGAUGAGACGGCGAAGCACUACUAUGAGACAACGAUGAGCGAAUGGUUGGCCGUCGAGGCGAUUGUCCGCCAGCGGGAUAAGGAGAAAACGGCGGUGGCCGUCGCCAAGCUGAGUUCCGGCAGUGGUAGCAUGGAGAACAAGAGCAAAACCAUCGACCAGGAAGGAGCGGAUGAUGAGGAUGAGGAGGAAGAGAUGGAGAAUGAAGUGUUCGAGGAGAACGGAUUCUCUGACAUGUCCGAACCGGAGGUCGAGGGAGAGGAACGAAAGGAACGGAAGGCGGAAGCGCAAAGUACGAAGGAAAGCUUUACGCUUCCCGUCGUCAUUCGACAAAACAGUGAAACCGAGGAACCCACCACCGCCGGUGGUAGUGCUGAGGCGAAUGGCCCAAAGGAUCCACGAGAUCCGGAGCAGGAGGAAGGAGAGGAUGAGGAGGACUUUGACAGCAACAAAAGCUCUCCAUCGGACUCCUCGUAUGCUACUGUCGGAAAUGACUUUAUCGAUGUGGCCGAGAUCAUAUCUCCCAUGAACGCGACGGAGAAGGAGAUGGUGGAGCGCAUGCAGGAGGGAGACGAUGAAGAUUGUCCACCAUCCGAUGGUCCCAACGACGAGGACGAGAUGGGACCGGACUCACCGAAAUCUUCAGAGCAACCGCGCGCUGUGAUCGUUACCGAUGCUUCCAUUGAUGUUACGAUGCUACAGAAUGAGGUAAGGGAGCUGAACAACAACAACACACUGUCGACACUGGUGGAAGAGGGUUCCGGGAGCAACCAUCCACAAGCGCUGGAUUCGCUACAAGAACCAAAGUCUGCCUGUGUUUCACCGGCCAGUUCAAACGGAGGCAUCUACAGUAGUGAACUGUUGGAGUCGUUCGGUUUGAACCUGCACCGCAUCGAGAAGGAUGUACAGCGAUGCGAUCGGAACUAUUGGUACUUUGCCAAUGAAAAUCUGGACAAACUGCGGAAUGUUAUCUGCACAUACGUUUGGGAGCAUUUGGAUGUUGGCUACAUGCAGGGUAUGUGCGAUCUAGUAGCUCCCCUUCUGGUCAUCUUUGAUGACGAAUCGCUAAGUUACGGUUGCUUCUGCCGGUUCAUGGAGCGUAUGAUCGAAAACUUCCCUAACGGUGGUGCGAUGGAUAUGCACUUUGCCAACAUGAGAUCACUGAUACAGAUCUUGGAUUCGGAAAUGUACGAUCUGAUGCAUGCGCACGGUGACUACACGCACUUCUACUUUUGCUACCGUUGGUUCCUGCUCGAUUUCAAGCGCGAGCUCAUCUACGCCGACAUCUUCUCCGUGUGGGAAGUAAUCUGGGCGGCCAAGCACGUCGCUUCGGCACACUUUGUCCUCUUCCUAGCGCUGGCACUGCUAGAAACGUACCGUGAUAUCAUUCUCUCCAACAGCAUGGAUUUCACGGACAUUAUUAAAUUUUUCAACGAAAUGGCAGAAAGGCACAACACCCCAUCCGUGCUGAAGCUGGCGCGUAACUUGGUGCUACAGCUGCAGACGAUCAUCGAGAAUAAGUAAUUUGGCGUAUCCAUCUGUUCAAGAGUUCGGUAGUAAAUAUCCCGUUGAUCGGGAUCCACCAUAUUGGGCUGGUAUCGUACAAGCGCUAGGUCAGCAUCACGUACAAGAGAACAUACAGCGAAUAUAAACAUGAGGUAUGAGGACGGGGAGUUGCUCCCUUGUGUAGCAUAAUCUACGUCAAGAUAGCCGCAGUUCAGUACCUUAUUACCGAUCAAGCCCCUUCUGCUCCCUGUCUAUCUUAGCUACAAUGGCUGCAAGUCACACCUAUCGCUCUAAUUGAACUGUUGCUGGUUUCAAACUGUUUUGUAUACGUAUAUGUAGUAACACUAGCUGCCAAAUUGGCGGUUCUCCUUCCUGCGGUCCCUUAAGAAUCCCCGCAGUCUAAUCUCCGCCUACCUGUAACUUGUAACCCAUGUGUGAUCGUCGCUUAUAUGGCUGUUAUUCUCUCCCUGUCCGUGGAACUCUUAUUUGAUUUUCGUUGUUGUUGAUGCUAAUGAUGUUGUUGUUGCUGUUGUUGUGAGCGUGUUCUUCUAUACAUCGAGAUCCCGUUUUGUUCAAUAAAACCACUCGGUUCAGUCGCUCGGUAUCUGUUUCGAUAGGUGUUCGCGCGUGUUAACUUUACAAUUGUUGAAGAUUUUAUGGACCGCUAGGCACGAAAGAGUCAGUGCAGAAGAAAUCGGCCCGGGUGAAGAAUAACUAGUGCCGAAUACGAAUUACUUCCAUCGCCAUCUGACCAUGUCUAUCGUUCUUCGCAUUACUAACCUGUUCCGUGUCCGUGUCUGAUCUUAAAGAAGGAGCAAAGUGCGCCAAUUUCUUGAAUUCAUAUUGAGCUCAUAAGAUGAGCGAAGUAUUGUUAGGGAAACUGCGUGAGCGUUAUCGAUCUUACCCAUAUGCAACGCGGUUACAAAAACCAACUCCCCGAGAUGCCCAACCAUUAGACAAAAGUUGCAAUUUAGCGUGCGUACUCGGGAAAAGUAACUUUCUUUCCUACACGCCAACCAUUCGGAAAUGGAGUUUCCGUUAGGGUGACACAUCCUUUUCCCUUUUUGGCUUUACGUUCUUAGUCACAUUGAUGUCUAUAUUAUGUAGCAAAACCAAAUUAUAAUGAUAAAACAAAUGGAAUCGCGGCCCGUGUGCGUGGAGGACAAAAUAAAAUAUCAUAAAUUACACUAAACUCACUCACAAAUCACACCACCAAUAUCCAACGCAAUUGAAUCUUAUGAUGAACCACACUACAAGGAAAAUGAUACAAAUAAACAAAAAAGCAUAUAGUCCUAGAGGUAUGACUAGGUUGGUUGUAUUAUGGCGGCUUGGAGUUAUUUUGAAAUCAUAUUU